CAGUCUCGAACCGGUGGGCCGGAGGGAAGGAGCUCCGUGACCCUGAAUCCAUUUUCUGUCCGUCCGUUCGUCGUUUUCUUCUUUGUUUCGUCCUGCUGCCGGAUCUCGCGUCGUCUCCUCGCCGCGCUUCCUGUAACGCGCGAUUUUCCGUGUCGCACCGCGAGCUUGGUUCGAUCGGUUUUGUGCAGUGAAUCCUUCCACGGGGACGAUCACAGUGGUGUGUACGUACAUGUACCUGGGACGGAGAGGAUUGCACCGUAGAACGUAGGAGCAACAAACGAAUAUGCUGAUAAGAGAAUUGGCGGCCGUGUGGGUCGCCGUCCUCUUGUGCCAUCUUCAGCUAACGGAGUCUCAGGUUCCUGCCACGAACGUCUUCACCUGUCCGAAUGGAUGGGAGCUGAGAGGCAUCCACUGCUACAAAUUCUUCAACAUCAGGCACUCCUGGGAGAAAGCGGCUGAACUAUGUAGAAGGUACGGCAGCGAACUGAUGGUGGUGGAGUCCUACAGCGAGAACAACAUGUCCGCAAGCAUGAUCGGCCGGCAUUUGGAUCGUUACUGGUUAGGUCUUGCCUCCCUAGACGAUCUGCGGACCAACACGCUCGAAUCGGCGGCUGGAAUGCUCGUCUCCCAAUACGCAGGUUUCUGGGCGUCGAAGCAACCAAAUCCGCAAUCAGGUGAAUGCGUGGACGUCGCUUUGAUGGAUGACCGUCAAACGUGGGAGCUGACCACGUGCGAAUCGUUGCUUCCCUUCAUGUGUCGAGCUAACGCCUGUCCUGCGGGUUCGUUCCAUUGUUCGAAUGGCAAGUGCGUGAACGCAGCGUUCAGGUGCGACAAGCAGGACGACUGCGGCGAUUAUUCAGAUGAAAUAGACUGUCCUGCUAACUGUCAGUUUUACAUGGCGAGCAGCGGCGACGUGGUCGAGAGCCCUAAUUAUCCCCACAAAUAUGCACCCCUCAGCAACUGCAAGUGGACCCUCGAGGGUCCCCAGGGCCACAACAUCCUCCUACAGUUUCAAGAGUUCGAGACGGAGAAGAGCUUCGACAUAGUGCAGAUCCUGGUCGGUGGCAGAACGGAAGAGAAAUCCGUGAAUCUCGCGACCCUGUCGGGCAAGCAGGAGCUCAGCAACAAGCUGUUCGUGUCCGCCUCGAAUUUUAUGAUUAUUAAAUUCAGCACGGACUCCUCGGUGGAGAGGAAAGGGUUCCGCGCUUCUUGGAAAACCGAGCCGCAAACCUGCGGCGGUGUUCUACGAGCGACACCUCAAGGACAGGUGCUCACGUCACCAGGAUAUCCGCAGAAUUAUCCCGGUGGCUUGGAAUGUCUCUACAUCCUGCAGGCUCAGCCAGGCCGCAUCAUGUCGUUGGAGAUCGAGGACUUGGAUCUCGAGAUGAACCGCGAUUACAUCCUCAUCAGGGACGGUGACUCACCGAUGAGCAGUCCUAUCGCCCGAUUAACAGGGAAGUCCGAGGAUAACCCAACGGUGAUAAUGUCUACCGGGAAUAGCUUGUACCUUUACUUCAAGACCAGCCUUGGCGAUUCGAGGCGGGGCUUCAGCAUUCGUUACACGCAGGGCUGCAAAGCCACGAUCAUCGCGAGAAACGGAACGGUUCAGUCGCCUUCGUUCGGCUUGAACGACUAUCCUAACAAUCAGGAGUGCUUGUACAGGGUGAAGAAUCCGCAGGGAGGCCCGCUGUCCUUGAAAUUCGUUAACUUCAACGUCCACAAGACUGACUUCGUGCAGAUAUACGAUGGUCCAAACACGAACGGACUACGUUUACAUCCCGGGAAUGGAUUCACAUCCAACACUAGGCCAAAGAUUACGCUCACCGCUGAAAGCGGAGAGAUGCUUGUUAGGUUCACCUCUGACGCCUUGCACAGCAGUCCUGGAUGGCAAGCAGAGUUCUCAGCAGAUUGUCCACAACUUCAGUCUGGCGAAGGUGCUCUGGCUUCCAGCAGGGACACUGCUUUUGGUACAGUGGUGACAUUCUCCUGUCCCUUGGGUCAAGAAUUUGCAACUGGCAAACCGAAAAUGACUACAGAGUGUCUGCCAGGUGGGAACUGGUCGGUAACGUACAUCCCUAAAUGCCAGGAAGUCUACUGCGGGCCUGUACCUCAAAUAGACAAUGGUUUCUCGAUCGGGUCAUCUAACGUCACGUACAAGGGCCUAGCUACUUAUCAGUGCUACGCUGGAUUCGCGUUUCCAUCUGGUCGUCCUACCGAGAAGAUUUCUUGUAUGGCUGAUGGAAGAUGGGAGAAGAAACCUUCUUGCUUGGCCUCUCAGUGCUCUCCGCUUCCGGAGGCUCCUCACUCGAACAUCACUAUUCUGAACGGAGGCGGUCGCAGUUACGGAACGAUUGUUAGAUUCGAAUGCGAGCCAGGAUACGUCAGAAGUGGACAUCCAGUAAUUCUUUGCAUGAGCAACGGAACAUGGUCCGAUGAAGUGCCGACGUGUUCUCGAGCAAAAUGUCCAUUACUGCCCACGAUCAAGAACGGUUUCGUCGUCGACACGACCAAGGAGUACUUGUAUGGCGAUGAAGCCAGGGUGCAGUGCAACAGAGGCUACAAACUUUCAGGAUCCAACAUCAUCCAAUGUGGGCCCGACCAACGUUUCGACAAUGUUCCCACUUGCGAAGAUAUAAACGAGUGCGCGUCGAGUCAAUGCGACCUAGCCUCCACCGAGUGCAUAAACAACCCUGGUGCAUUCACGUGCAAAUGCAAGUCAGGCUUCGCUCCAACUAUGGAAUGCAGGCCUAUAGGUGAUCUUGGACUCAUCAAUGGAGGUAUUCCCGACGAAUCGAUCACCGUCUCGAGUUCUGAGAAUGGCUACACUAGAACUGGCGUCCGUCUGAACAAUGGCGAUGGUUGGUGUGGCAACAAUAUCGAACCAGGGACGAAUUGGGUGAUGAUCGACAUGAAAGCACCAACGAUCAUUCGUGGUUUCCGGACGCAAGUUGUCGCGAGGGUGGACGGCAACAUUGCGUACACUUCAGCAGUCAGAAUUCAAUAUACGGACGAUCUGACGGACACCUUCAAGGAUUAUACGAACCCUGAUGGCACACCAGUAGAGUUCAGGAUACUGGACCCUACUCUCUCCGUCUUGAACUUGCCAGUGCCCAUCGAAGCGCGUUACAUAAGGUUUAGGAUACAGGAUUACGUGGGUGCGCCUUGUAUGAAGCUCGAAAUAAUGGGAUGCACUCGUCUGGAGUGUACUGACAUCAACGAAUGCGCCACCAACAACGGUGGCUGCCACCAGAAGUGCAUCAACAACCCAGGCAGCUACGCCUGCAUGUGCAAUACGGGCUUCGAGUUGUACAAAACCAACGGGACGGCUGGCUUCAACGUCGAGAAGUACGAAACUGGUGAGAGGGAUGGAGAUAUCUAUCAGAAGAACAAGACUUGCGUACCAGUUAUGUGCCCAUCUAUAUCGGCACCUGAAAAUGGAAAACUCUUGUCAACCAAGGAACAACAUCACUUCGGUGACUUAGUGAAAUUCCAAUGUAACUUCGGCUACGUGUUGUCCGGUUCAUCUGCCGUCAUCUGUACGUCCAGUGGAGCUUGGAAUGGGACGACACCAGACUGUCAAUAUGCGAAGUGCGUGUCUCUACCAGACGACAAGAACGAGGGCCUAUCGGUGAUCCGCAGCGACGAGGCAAGUGUCCUGGUACCCUUCAAGCAAAACGUCACAUUGAAGUGCGGCAGUAACGGACGUUACCUGCGGAACACAGCUAGCUCUGGCUUCCGUCAAUGCGUCUACGAUCCUAAACCAGGCUUGCCAGACUACUGGCUAUCAGGAUCGCAGCCAGCCUGUCCACGAGCUGACUGUGGAAAGCCUUUGCCAACGCCUGGGGCCGAGUACGGGCAGUAUUUAGACACGAAAUAUCAAUCAUCAUUCUUCUUUGGUUGCCAAGACACGUUCAAAUUGGCUGGACAAACGAAUCGUCACGACAAUGUCGUUAGGUGCCAGGCGAAUGGCAUUUGGGACUUUGGCAAUUUACGGUGCGAGGGUCCCGUUUGCGAAGACCCUGGUCGCCCGAGCGAUGGCUACCAAAUAGCCAGAAGCUACGAGCAAGGAUCCGAAGUUCAGUUUGGUUGCAGUAGACCAGGGUACAUUCUCAUCAAUCCCAGACCUAUCGUUUGCGUUCGGGAACCAGAAUGUAAAGUUGUGAAGCCCCUGGGAUUAGCCUCUGGUCGCAUUCCCGAUUCUGCCAUCAAUGCGACCUCCGAGAGGCCGAACUAUGAAGCUAAGAACGUUCGUUUGAACUCAGUGACAGGCUGGUGCGGCAAGCAAGAGGCGUUCACCUACGUCAGCGUCGAUUUGGGCCAGGUAUUCAGAGUGAAGGCGAUCUUGGUGAAGGGUGUAGUGACGAAUGAUAUCGUUGGAAGACCAACGGAGAUCAGGUUCUUCUACAAGCAAGCCGAGGUUGAGAACUAUGUGGUUUACUUCCCCAAUUUCAACCUAACGAUGAGGGAUCCUGGGAACUACGGUGAAUUGGCGAUGAUCACUCUGCCCAAAUACGUGCAAGCGCGUUUCGUGAUCUUGGGUAUCGUCAGUUAUAUGGACAACGCUUGUCUGAAGUUCGAGUUGAUGGGAUGCGAAGAACCCGUGACGGAACCGUUGUUAGGUUACGAUUAUGGAUUCUCCCCCUGCGUUGAUAACGAGCCUCCAGUGUUCCAGAAUUGUCCUCAACAACCAAUAGUGGUACAGAAGGGAACCGAUGGCGGGUUACUGCCAGUGAACUUCACCGAACCCACGGCUAUCGAUAACAGUGGUAGCAUCGCUCGUCUAGAAGUCAAGCCUCACAGUUUCAGAACGCCUCUGCGAGUGUUCGAGGACACUGUAGUUAAAUAUGUGGCGUUUGAUUAUGACGGGAAUGUCGCUAUUUGCGAGAUUAACAUCACUGUACCUGACGUAACACCACCGAAGCUUAGCUGCCCGCAGAGUUACGUGAUCGAGCUGAUCGAUAAACAGGAGAGUUACACUGUCAACUUCAACGAAACUCGAAGGCGAAUCAACGCCACUGAUCCUUCAGGCCCAGUGAAAAUCACGUUUGUGCCAGAAAGAGCAGUGAUACCGAUUGGCAGUUUCGAAAACGUAACCGUUUAUGCGACAGACCCAAGCGGUAACAGAGCGUCCUGCCAUUUCCAAGUGUCCGUGCAGGCAACGCCAUGCGUGGACUGGGAGUUGAAGCCACCGGCUAAUGGAGGACUGAAAUGCGUCCCUGGUGACAAAGGUCAACAGUGCAUAGCAACUUGCAAGAACGGUUUCAGGUUUACGGAUGGGGCACCUGUGAAGACGUUCACCUGUGACGUUACUAAGCAUUGGUCUCCUGCAUCAGUUGUUCCUGACUGUGUCUCAGAAAACACCCAACAAGCAAACUACCAUGUUGUUGCGGCGGUAACUUAUCGCGCCAAUGGAGCUGUUUCGAGAUCCUGCCUGCCACAGUAUCAGGAUUUGAUGUCCCAAUACUACAUGAACCUGAAUAACAUCCUUACUCAACGUUGUUCCGCUGUCAACGUGAACAUGAACGUGUCGUUUGUAAGGUCCGUGCCGUACUUGCUCGAAGAAAAUGUCUUGAAGAUGGACUUCGUUCUCGUCGUUGUUCCCGCUGUGCGUCAGCCUCAGCUGUACGAUCUCUGCGGUUCCACGUUGAAUUUGAUCUUCGAUCUGUCGGUUCCGUCUACUAGUGCAGUAAUAGAGCCUCUGUUGAACGUUUCUUCGAUUGGAAAUCAGUGCCCACCACUUCGAGCACUGAAGUCAUCUAUCACGCGUGGCUUCACGUGUAGCAUUGGUGAAGUAUUAAACAUGGACACCAACGACGUCCCUCGAUGUUUGCAUUGUCCAGCUGGUACGUUCGCUGGUGAGAAGCAAAAGCAGUGCACGUCUUGUCCGAAAGGCUUCUAUCAGAACAGCGAUCGCCAGGGCUCCUGUCUGCGAUGUCCAUUCGGCACUUACACAAGAGAAGAGGGUUCGAAGAGCAUAGACGAUUGUAUACCGGUUUGUGGGUACGGCACAUAUUCGCCCACUGGCCUGGUGCCAUGUUUAGAGUGUCCGAGAAACAGCUACACCGGGGAACCACCGAUCGGUGGCUGCAAGGACUGUCAGACCUGUCCAGCUGGAACGUUCACCUACCAGCCAGCUGCACCAGGUCGCGAUCGAUGUAGAGCAAAAUGUUCUCCAGGAAUGUACUCGGAUACAGGACUCGCUCCGUGUGCUCAGUGUCCAAAGGAUUUCUUCCAACCGCAGCACGGCGCGACGACGUGCGUCGAGUGUCCAACGAACAUGUACACGGACGGACCAGGCGCACUUGGACGCGAAGAGUGCAAGCCUGUGCAAUGCACUGACAGUGUCUGUCAGCAUGGAGGCCUGUGCGUGCCCAUGGGACAUGGUGUUCAGUGUCUGUGUCCGGCUGGAUUCUCCGGAAGGCGCUGUGAAAUUGAUAUAGACGAGUGCGCAUCUCAACCGUGUUAUAAUGGCGCUACUUGUAUAGACUUGCCGCAGGGGUACAGGUGCCAAUGCGCCAAUGGGUACUCAGGAGUCAAUUGCCAGGAAGAGAAGUCGGAUUGCUCGAACGACACUUGUCCUGAAAGAGCGAUGUGCAAAGACGAGCCUGGCUUCAGCAACUACACGUGUUUAUGCAGGUCUGGAUACACUGGAGUCGACUGUGACAUCACUAUUAAUCCUUGCACGGCCAGCGGUAAUCCUUGCAACAAUGGUGCCACCUGUGUGGCUCUGCAACAAGGUCGAUACAAGUGUGACUGUGUGCCAGGAUGGGAAGGUCAGAGCUGUGAGAUUAACACCGACGAUUGUGCGGAGAAGCCCUGUCUGUUGGGAGCCAACUGCACUGAUCUUGUGGCUGACUUCAGCUGCGACUGUCCUCCUGGAUUCACUGGCAAACGAUGCCAUGAGAAGAUAGAUUUGUGUUCGGGCAAUCCUUGCUUGAACGGGAUUUGCGUGGAUAACCUCUUCAGCCACGAGUGUAUUUGUCACCCAGGAUGGACUGGUUCAGCUUGCGAGACGAACAUCAACGAAUGCGCCAACAAACCGUGCCACAACAAUGGUCAAUGCAUCGAUCAAAUAGACGGGUUUACUUGUACCUGUGAACCAGGAUACACAGGCAAGCAAUGUCAGCACACGAUCGAUGACUGUUCUUCGGAGCCCUGUCAGAACGGAGGAACAUGCUUGGAUCAGUUAGAGGGAUUCCUCUGCAAGUGCAGGCCAGGAUUCGUUGGACUUCAGUGCGAGGCAGAGCUGGACGAGUGUCUUAGUGAUCCUUGCAGUCCAGUUGGAACGGACCGUUGCGUUGAUCUGGAUAACACGUUCGUGUGCCACUGUCGUGAAGGUUACACUGGUGCCGCGUGCGAGAUUAACAUCGACGAUUGUAAUUCUGGUCCUUGUUUGAAUGGUGCUACGUGCAGAGACGAGGUUGGUGGAUUCAAAUGCGUGUGCCCAGAGGGCUGGACUGGUACCCACUGCGAAAUCGACGUUGGAAUGUGUCAAAAUCAUCCUUGCCAAAACGAUGCUGCAUGUGUUGACUUGUUCAUGGAUUACUUCUGCGUUUGUCCGUCUGGAACUGAUGGAAAACAAUGCGAAACUGCACCAGAGCGCUGCAUUGGUAACCCAUGCAUGCAUAAUGGACGUUGCCAAGAUUUUGGCUCGGGACUCAAUUGCACAUGCCCCGAUGACUACACUGGAAUUGGGUGUCAGUACGAAUAUGAUGCCUGCCAGGCUGGUGCUUGCAAAAAUGGAGCCACCUGUGUCGAUGAGGGACCUGGAUUCACUUGCAUCUGUCCACCUGGAUACACAGGCAAGACUUGCGAGGAUGACAUCAUCGACUGCAAAGAGAAUUCGUGUCCUCCAUCAGCAACAUGCAUCGAUCUCACUGGCAAAUUCUUCUGUCAAUGUCCGUUCAACUUAACUGGCGAUGAUUGCAGAAAAUCCAUCCAAGUUGAUUACGACUUGUACUUCAGUGAUCCAGCGCGCAGCAGCGCCGCACAAGUGAUUCCAUUCUUCACAGGAACAAGAAAGAGCUUAACCGUGGCUAUGUGGGUGCAGUACACCCAAAAAGAUGAAGCUGGCAUAUUCUUCACCCUCUAUGGCGUGAGUUCGCCUCAUGUUCCAUCGAAUCGCAGACUUAUGAUCCAAGCACACAGUAACGGUGUCCAAGUGUCUCUGUUCCAUGACCUUCAAGACGUUUACCUGCCAUUCAGAGAGUACGCGACAAUCAACGACGGCCAAUGGCAUCACGUAGCUGUAGUUUGGAAUGGCGAAAAUGGCGGUGAACUGGUUCUGAUCACCGAAGGACUGAUUGCCAGUAAAACUGAAGGAUAUGGAAGUGGCAGAUCUCUACCAGCUUAUGCCUGGACUGUCCUUGGAAAACCACAGAGCGAGAACGCGAAGGGCUAUACUGAAUCCGGGUUCCAAGGUCACCUGACCAAGGUUCAAAUCUGGAGUCGAGCUCUUCACGUAACCAAUGAAAUACAGAAACAAGUACGCGACUGUCGCACUGAACCUGUCCUGUAUCAAGAUUUGGUGUUGACCUGGGCAGGAUACGAUGAGAUAACCGGUGGCGUGGAAAGAGUAGUGCCAUCCCAUUGUGGACAACGAGUCUGUCCACCCGGAUACGGUGGCAACAAGUGCCAACAACUGGAAUCUGACAAGAUUCCACCGAAAGUCGAGCACUGCCCAGGAGACCUUUGGGUGAUCGCCAAGAACGGUUCGUCUAUUGUCACUUGGGACGAGCCACGUUUCACCGAUAACGUUGGCAUAGCGAGGGUUCAAGAGAAGAAUGGACACAAAUCUGGACAAACGUUGAUGUGGGGCAUCUAUGAUAUCAGCUACGUGGCUUACGAUCAGGCUGGAAAUUCUGCUAGUUGCAACUUCAAAGUUUACGUCCUGUCUGACUUUUGUCCGGAACUGGCUGAUCCAAUUGGAGGAACACAGCAAUGCAAAGAUUGGGGCUCUGGUGGCCAGUUCAAGGUGUGCGAAAUCUUCUGCAACACUGGACUCAGAUUUUCUCAAGAGGUGCCCAAAUUCUAUACCUGUGGCGCAGAAGGCUUCUGGAGACCCACCAAUGACCCAUCACUUCCCUUGGUGUAUCCUGCUUGCACAAGUGCCACACCAGCUCAGCGUGUAUUCAGGAUCAAGAUGAACUUCCCAACGUCAGUCCUGUGUAACGAAGCUGGUCAAGGAGUACUCAAGAAGAAGGUUCGAGAUGCUGUGAACUCGCUGAACAGAGACUGGAACUUCUGUUCGUAUUCCUUCGAAGGAACUCGCGAAUGUAAAGAUCUGAACAUCGACGUUCAGUGCGACCACCGCGUACGCACGACCAGAGAAACGAACGAAGAAGAUGGCGGAACAUACAUAAUUUCCGCCGUAGUACCAGCAGAACCAACGAGACAAGCGCGCCAAGGCAGCGAUACCUACGAGGUGGAGAUCUCGUUCCCAGCGAUAAACGAUCCGAUUUUGAACGCUAACUCGAACGAGAGAGCAACCGUUCAAUCUCUACUGGAGAGACUAAUCCUGGAGGAAGAUCAAUUCGACGUUCACUAUAUCCUGCCAAACACCGUGCCUGACCCGGCAUCCCUGGUUCUUGAAUCCGACUACGACUGUCCAGUGGGACAAGUUGUCAUGGCACCAGAUUGCGUACCCUGCGCCGUGGGAACGUACUACGACGAAGAAACGAAGCAGUGCCUGUCCUGUCCAGUGGGCAGCUACCAAAGCGAGUCGGGCCAACUGAAGUGCAGUUCCUGCCCCGUGAUAGCUGGGCGUCCUAGCGUGACAGUCGGUCCUGGUGCUAGAAGUGCAGCCGACUGUAAGGAACGUUGCCCGGCUGGAAAGUACUACGAUGACAUGGCUGGACUCUGUCGAAGCUGCGGCCACGGUUUCUACCAGCCCAACGAGGGUAGUUUCUCCUGUUUGCUGUGCGGUCUAGGGAAGACCACCAGGACAUCAGAAGCGGUUUCCCGCGAAGAAUGUAGAGACGAAUGUGGCUCUGGACAGCAGUUGGCCGUCGAAGGAAAGUGCGAGCCUUGUCCACGUGGAAGUUACCGCACCCAAGGAGUUCAGGCCGCUUGUCAGGCAUGUCCUGUUGGCAGAACCACGCCGAACAUGGGAUCAGCCGCUAUCGAGGAAUGCUCCCUUCCUGUCUGCGAUCCUGGAACAUAUUUGAACGGAACGUUGAAUGAGUGCAUGGAGUGCAAGAAGGGAACGUAUCAAUCCGAGCCUCAGCAGACCUUCUGCAUACCCUGUCCUCCCAACACCAGCACUAAAGGAACAUCAGCCACGAACAAGGCUGACUGCACCAACCCGUGCGAAACUAGCGACGCUGAAAUGCACUGCGACGCAAACGCGUACUGCCUGCUGAUACCUGAAACGAGCGACUUCAAGUGCGAGUGCAAGCCAGGCUACAACGGGACCGGUACCGAGUGCACGGACGUCUGUAUGGGAUAUUGCGACAACGAGGGGGUGUGCUUGAAGGACUCGCGGGGACAACCGUCCUGCAGAUGCAGCGGCAGCUUCACCGGGAAGCGGUGCACUGAGAAAUCAGAGUUUUUCUACAUCACUGGCGGCAUCGCUGGUGGGGUUAUUCUAAUAAUCUUCGUCGUCCUAUUGGUGUGGAUGAUCUGUGUCAGAGCUUCCCGAAAGAAGGAACCCAAGAAGAUGCUCACACCAGCUACUGAUCAAAACGGCUCGCAAGUGAACUUCUAUUAUGGCGCGCCCACGCCUUACGCGGAGUCUAUUGCGCCGUCCCAUCACAGUACUUAUGCACACUAUUACGACGACGAAGAGGAUGGCUGGGAGAUGCCCAAUUUUUACAAUGAAACGUAUAUGAAAGAGAGUCUGCACAAUGGUAAAAUGAACAGUCUCGCUCGUUCCAACGCGAGUAUAUACGGCACAAAAGACGACCUAUACGACAGACUGAAGCGUCAUGCCUACCCUGGCAAGAAAGUUGAUAGGAUGUCGUUGUCGACAGUACAUAUGACGUAACAUUGCCCGAAGCAAUCGAAUACCCCGCGAAAUAUACGAGAAUUUCUGCAGUCGUACGCUGUUCUCCUGCCGCGCAGCGUGAAAACGCGGCGAAAGGGUUAAUACGCCCCAUCUCAGGGAUAAGUUGAAUUGGACACCUGGUAUAUUAAAGAAAUGAACACCGACAUUUUUGCAGACAAAAGCGACAGUGAUAGCGAGGGCCAGUGACCGCGAAGAGCAACGACGUUCUGCCAAGCGUAGAAUGUAAGAUAAACACUGUCGACGUCCCUGACGCACCAGCAACGGGGAAUGUUGCUCCAUCGUCGCAAAUCCAAUAAUUAUUUAUUAUCCCCGAGACGAAGAUCUGUACCAGUGGCGCGUACAUCGGAGACUCGCGGACGUUUGUCGAACUGAAUCCGUGUCGAACCCCCGCGAGGGUCUCCCUGGACUUAACGCUCGACGAGCGUGAAAAGAUGGCGGCGGUGCGUUAAUCGACGGUGAAGCAAUCGAGUCCUGGAACGACGAUCCAAUUCGAUCGUUGUUUCGGCACCCGAGAGUCGAUAAACGAUAACCACGGAUUUAAAAGAAAGAAAAAAAUAAUAAAAUGAAAGACUACGCGUGAGGUUGUAAUUUUUUGUAAUUUAAUACCACCUAGCCGUUAAGGACUAUUCUAUAUUAAUUAACUUCUAUGAUUAACGGUGCGAACGAGAGGAACCUGUGUGUGCAUGUAUGUUAAGACACCUAUACAUAAGCGAAUUUAUAUUUUGUUACGAUAGAUAUGUAUCACACGCUGUAAAAUAAUGCCACGUAGGCGCGAAAUGCAACUGACGGAAAGAAAGAAAAAUCUAGUGAUCGAAUUUUUAGCCCAGUGUAUGGGCGAAUCGAAGUUAAGUUGGCCGGUCAAGGUCACCGAGAAGCCCUCACUCUCGUCUCUUCUGACGCGAAUUGGCAGUGUGACCCCAAGCAGUCAAUCGAAUUUUCGAUGCAACUAUAGUCAGAAUUUCAAGGGAAAUUAAAAUCAGCAACGAUUCGGGAGCUAAUGUACAUUCGAAUAUGCCUACGACGCUGUUUUCCACUUUGUAUUGUAAAAACUUUAACAAACGGUUGUUUUCUUUUUUUUUUAUUAAUAAAAUGUAUUUCGAUAAUA